AUGGCAGCAGUAAGGAGAUCUUGGGCUCUGCACCUCCUGCCUCUCCUCCUUCUUCGCCUUUGUGCCACCAGCAAGGCUGCCACCAUAAACAUCACCAACCUAUGCUCCUACACCAUAUGGCCGGCCGCUGUGCCGAUAGGCGGUGGCAUGCAGCUCGACUCUGGGAAGUCGUGGACUCUGGAGGUGCCUGUCGGGGCCACAAGCAGUGGCCAGCGCAUCUGGCCACGCACAGGCUGCUCAUUCGAUGGCAAGGGCAAGGGGUCAUGCCAGACGGGCGACUGCGGCGGCUUACUUGCCUGCAAGAACUAUGGGAAGCCGCCCAACACUAUCGCUGAGUUCACGACCGGACAGUUUAAUGGUACAGAUUCUUUCAACAUCUCCCUAAUCGACGGCUUCAACGUGCCCAUGGACUUCCUGCCAGUGCCAACCCAGGGAGGGCCAAGGUGCAGCAAGGGGGCGCAUUGCACAGCCAACAUCACGUCACAGUGCCCAAAUCAGCUUCAAGCCCCAGGGGGUUGCAACAAUCCUUGCACGGUGUUCAAACAGGACAGAUACUGUUGCACCAGCAACUCUAGCAGUUGCGAACCCACGACCUACUCACUACUCUUCGUUCGAAUGUGCCCGGACGCAUACAGCUACUCCAGGGAUGAUAGCACGAGCACCGUGUUCACUUGCCCAACAGGCACCAACUACCAGGUCGUCUUCUGUCCCUCGAUCGAUGCAACAACUUCUCCUCUAGAUGUGUUCAAAAAACCUUCUCAAGAUCCUCCUGUACAUAUGUCCACUUACACCACAACACCAUCUCCCGCUUUGAUGAUACUAAUUGCCGGAUUCGGUUUCAUAUUCAUUGUAGCUAUAAUAUUUUUCAUUAUUCGUAUGAGAAGGACAAGACGAUGCCAGGCGAUGGAGGAUGAGGAGGAAGAUUUCAGAAACCUGCAAGGAACACCAAUGAGGUUCACAUUUCAACAGUUAGAAGUAGCAACUGAGCGAUUCAGAGACAAGCUCGGAGAAGGGGGAUUUGGGUCUGUUUUCAAGGGGCAGCUUGGUGAGGAAAUAAUUGCAGUGAAACGUUUGGAUCGAGCAGGUCAGGGAAAAAGAGAAUUUUUGGCAGAGGUUCAGACAAUCGGUAGUAUACAUCAUAUCAAUCUGGUGAGGCUGAUUGGUUUCUGUGCAGAGAAAUCCCAUAGGCUCUUGGUUUAUGAGUAUAUGCCCAAAGGAUCCUUGGACAAGUGGAUUUAUUGUCGACAUGAAAACAGUGCUCCUCCAAUGGAAUGGAAGGUAAGAUGCAAGAUUAUCACAAACAUAGCUAAGGGUCUCUCUUAUCUUCAUGAGGAGUGCAUGAAGAGAAUUGCUCAUUUGGAUGUCAAGCCACAAAAUAUCCUCUUAGAUGAAAACUUCGGCACUAAGCUUUCUGAUUUUGGACUAUGCAAGCUAAUAGAUAGGGAUAUGAGCCAAGUGGUCACUAGAAUGAGAGGCACACCUGGCUAUUUAGCUCCGGAAUGGUUAACGUUGCACAUCACAGAGAAGGCUGAUGUAUACAGCUUUGGUAUCGUGGUCAUGGAAAUCGUCAGCGGAAGAAAAAACCUUGACACUUCACGGUCUGAUGAGAGCUUGCAUCUUAUUACCAUGUUGGAAAAAAAGGUGAAGAGUGAUCAGUUGGUAGAUUUGAUUGAGAAGAACAGUACCGACAUGCAAGCACAUGAACAAGAUGUAAUUCAGAUGAUGAAGCUCGCGAUGUGGUGUUUGCAGAUUGAUUGCAAAAGAAGGCCUAAGAUGUCCGAGGUAGUCAAAGUCUUGGAAGGUACCAUGGAUGCAGAGAGCAAUAUAGAUCAUAACUUUGUUGUAACCAAUGAAGCAAAUUUCGGUAUUGUUGGACGUGUAAACUUCUCAGCUCCACCCGUAGCCUCAGAUGUAUCAGGUCCCAGGUGA